AUGGCCUAUGACCGAUAUGUGGCGAUUUGCAGCCCCCUUGAGUAUCCGGUGAUAAUGACUAGCUCAAUCUGUGUUCGCCUUGUCAUUCUUUCCUGGGUGGGUGGCUUUCUCCUUAUCCUGCCAUCCACCAUACUUAAGGCAGGACUGCCAUACUGUGGUCCCAAUGUGAUUGAUCACUUUUUCUGUGACAGUGCCCCCCUCCUUCACUUGGCUUGUGCUGACAUUCGUGUCAUUGAGCUAUUGGACUUCCUCAGCUCCCUUGUUCUGUUCAUCAGCUCCCUCUCUCUCACAGUGGUCUCCUAUGUGUACAUCAUCUCUACUAUUCUGAAGAUACCCUCAGGCCAAGGUCAACGUAAAGCCUUUGCCACUUGUGUCUCUCACUUCUCUGUGGUCUCCCUGGGCUAUGGGAUAUCCAUCUUUGUUUAUGUCCGUCCUUCUCAGAAAAGUAGCCUGCACCUCAACAAGAUUCUCUUCACCCUUUCAAGUGUCAUCACACCUCUCCUGAAUCCCUUCAUCUUCAGUCUACGGAAUGAAACUAUGAAAGAAGCACUGAAGGACAUUUUGGCCAAGGGUCAAAACUUUCUCAAAAGGCUGAUGUCCACAUGA